AAAUACGGUGAAGAGUGUUUUGGCCUUUGGAUAAGAGGCGACAUUGGCGUAAGAGAGGCUUUUGAGAGUUCUCUUCUAAACGAAAACAACUCUUGAAAUGCUAUUUGGCUCGCACAGCUUCUUUGCGCCAACUCUCUUUUACUGUAACCCCAUAGGAGCUCCUCCCACUGCCUUGUUCAAUUUCUCCUCCAAAAGAAUCAUCUCAAUCAAUAACGGGUUUCGUUCUAUUACUCCAGUUAGUCUCUUCAUACCUGCAGCUAGUUUGAAGAGAGAUGAAAAUAAGGAGGCAGAUGAUUUUGCUGAACUGAAGGAGAAAGUGAAAAAUGUGGGUAUUAUUUGCUGCAACUCUAUUAUCCCUGGAGAAUACACUCGAUUAAUCUGUCCCAAGUGCAAAGGUGGUCGGUCGAUGGAGAGGAGUUUAUCAUUUCAUAUAUCCGGGAAAAGGAAUUUCGCAUUAUGGAGGUGUUUCAAUUUUGAAUGUGGAUGGGCAGGCCAGGUCUUCGCACACAACAGCACGACAUCAGAUGGGGUCGAUCAACUUGGCAGAAUGGGUUCUCCUCGGAUACUUACGGAGGAAAGCUUGAACUUAGAACCAUUAGGUGAUAUGCUGGCUGCAUAUUUUGCUAAGAGGAUGAUAUCAAAGGAUACUCUGAAAAGAAAUCAUGUCAUGCAAAUGGCCGGUGAUCAGAUCAUCAUUGCCUUCACUUAUAGGCAGAAUGGUAUUCUCAUUGGCUGCAAGUAUCGGACUCUUGAGAAAAGGUUUUGGCAGGAGAAGGGUACAGAUAAGGUACUUUAUGGACUGGAUGAUGUAAGAGAAGCAGACGAGAUCAUCAUUGUAGAAGGUGAAAUAGAUAAGCUUUCAUUGGAAGAAGCUGGAAUUCCUAACUGUGUCAGUGUUCCUAAUGGUGCACCACAGGCCAUCACAUCCAAAGAACUACUACCACCAGAAGAGGACACCAGAUUUUCAUACCUGUGGAACUGCAAAGAGUUAUUGGAUAAGGCAUCCCGAAUUGUGCUGGCAACUGAUGGUGAUUUACCAGGCCAAGCAUUAGCUGAAGAACUUGCCCGCCGUCUAGGGAGAGAAAGGUGCUGGCAAGUAUGUUGGCCUAAAAAGGAUGAAUUUAGCAGUUAUAAAGAUGCAAAUGAGAGUUGCUGCAGGAAAUUUAAACAAGGGUCAAGAAGAACAAUGCCCUCAUUAAGACAGCUACACGAAAGAUUUGAACACUAAGUGUAUAAUUAUGGUCUGCAUGUUGUCAAAACGUAGAUUUCUAGAGAUUAUGGGUUGUCACUCAUUUAAUGUUGUCAAUUUGGCCUACAUGUUUUUCCAUAAGUAAAUUAAUUUGUUGGAAUAUCAUCCUGGGGACUGAACCAGUAUACAUCAAUAAUAUGCUGAUGCAUGGCGUACAUUAGCUGCUUAACCAACUACCGUUCAGGUCAAACAUCGGUCAACUUAUCCCCUUACAUUACCAUAUCCAUGCAUGUGACCAAGGAGAGGUUUCUCAUAGAGCUAAAGCUCAGAAAUGAAGGGGAAAAUAGCAUGCUUUAAUCAAGAAGUUAUCUGGUUAGCCUUUUGAGUGUUUGAACAUCAGAGUGAACUUUGACAGGUAAAAGGAAUUGAAAGGAUAUUGGAGGCACUGAUCAUGACUACGAACAUGCUCGGAGAUCUUACUUAUCCAGUAGAUAUUUCUAAAUACACAAAAUAAUUAGGAAAGAAAAAGAGCAGGAAAUGCAGUUGACAUCCCACUAAAAUUACGGUGUCCUUUAUUGUUCACUUUGUGGAUGGUCCGCAGUUGUCCUAGUCCAGUAUAUUUAGGGAUUUCAUGUGCACAUUGGAUAUUCAAGCAAUGCUUUACUUAUUCGAUCUGGUUCACAUCAGGUAAUUAUGGUACUGGAAUUAGAAUAUUGGAGAAGUUUACUGAAGUUUAAUGGUUAAGAAUCAUAUUUUUUACUGUUAUUUUUUUGGGUGUUUUCUUCUUUGUCCCAGAGAAAUUAGGCAAUGUUUUUUAGGUUAGACAUAGUUAAGGAACAUGCUGUCAAAUUUCUGUUAUGGUUUUGGUAAUCCAGUGUUGUUUUUCCCCUUUUGCCAAAUUCAAGACCUCUGCUAUCCAUUUGCUAAUGCAUUACUGCUUCUGUUGGGCAAACUACAUUUAAAGCUUCCAAUAAAUUG